AUGGCGGCAAAGCGCAAGGCUUCGGCUAUGAAUGCCGUUGAUGACGAACCAGUUGAUCCGUCCGAUGAACUUGCCUUCUACUGUUUAGGUGGAGGUAAUGAGGUCGGACGAUCAUGUCACAUCAUUCAAUACAAAGGGAAAACAGUGAUGCUCGAUGCAGGUAUGCAUCCUGCAAAAGAAGGAUUCUCGGCUCUCCCGUUUUUUGACGAAUUCGAUCUGAGUACUGUGGAUAUUCUUCUUAUAAGCCAUUUUCACGUCGACCACUCCUCCGCCCUUCCAUACGUUCUCAGCAAGACGAAUUUCAAAGGUCGAGUUUUCAUGACACAUGCGACCAAAGCCAUCUACAAGUGGCUCAUCCAGGACAAUGUACGAGUCAGCAACACAGCAUCAUCCUCUGAUCAACGCACAACACUGUAUACGGAAAACGACCACUUGUCUACCUUGCCUUUAAUCGAAACGAUUGACUUCAACACGACUCACACGAUCAAUAGCAUCCGCAUCACACCUUUUCCAGCAGGUCAUGUGCUCGGAGCAGCUAUGUUCUUGGUCUCCAUAGCGGGCCUGAAUAUCCUUUUCACUGGUGAUUACUCUCGAGAAGAAGACAGACAUCUCAUUCCGGCAGAGGUACCCAAGGGCAUCAAGAUCGACGUCCUGAUUACCGAGUCGACCUUCGGCAUAUCGACAAAUCCCCCACGCCUAGAGCGCGAAGCCGCCCUUAUGAAAGCAAUCACAGGCGUUCUCAACCGCGGUGGGAGGGUUCUGAUGCCAGUGUUUGCUCUUGGACGAGCCCAGGAAUUGCUUCUGAUCCUCGAAGAAUACUGGGAGACCCACCCAGAUCUGCAAAAAAUACCCAUUUACUAUAUCGGUAAUACUGCCCGAAGGUGUAUGGUCGUGUAUCAGACCUAUAUCGGCGCCAUGAAUGACAACAUCAAGCGGCUAUUCCGUCAGCGCAUGGCCGAGGCGGAAGCCAGCGGCGACAAGAGCGCCAGUGCCGGCCCCUGGGACUUUAGAUUUGUCCGAAGUCUUCGAAGCCUUGAACGUUUCGAUGAUGUCGGAGGAUGUGUCAUGCUGGCUUCACCGGGUAUGCUACAGACGGGAACCAGCAGAGAAUUGCUCGAGCGGUGGGCCCCGAACGAGCGCAACGGUGUUGUCAUGACUGGCUAUAGCGUGGAGGGAACAAUGGCUAAACAACUGCUCAACGAGCCGGAUCAGAUCCCAGCCGUAAUGUCCCGAGCACCCGGCGGGCUGUCACGACGGGGACUUGCUAGCGGCGACGAGGAACAGAAGAUCAUGAUACCCAGAAGAUGCACUGUGGACGAGAUCAGUUUUGCGGCACAUGUCGAUGGCGUUGAGAAUCGUAACUUCAUCGAGCAGGUGGCCGCGCCUGUUGUGAUCCUAGUUCACGGUGAAAAGCAUCAGAUGAUGCGUCUCAAGUCGAAGCUACUAAGUCUGAACGCCGACAAGACCGUCAAAGUCAAGGUCUACACCCCAGCUAAUUGCGAAGAAGUCUGCAUACCGUUCAGAAAAGACAAGAUCGCGAAAGUUGUUGGUAAACUAGCCCAGCUUGCAGCUCCUUCAGAGCAGGAUGACGGUCGCCUAAUGUCCGGCGUCUUGGUCCAGAAUGGGUUUAACUUGUCACUGAUGGCGCCCGAUGACCUGCGCGAGUACGCUGGUCUUACAACGACGACCAUCACAUGCAAGCAACAUAUCACCCUGAGCUCCGCAAGUAUGGAUUUAAUCAAAUGGGCCCUCGAAGGUACCUUCGGGGCAAUUGAAGAACUCGGUAGCAGCGACAAGGCGCUCGAUAAAGAGGCCUCUAGCAAGGGCGAUUCUUCGAAAGAUGUCAAUGGGGAGCUGCAAACGAAAGAAGAACCCGCGGAUGAAGAGAUUCCGAUGCAAGACACUCAAACAUAUCUUGUUAUGGGCUGUGUGAUCAUCCGCUAUCACGCUCGAACGCGCGAGGUCGAACUGGAAUGGGAAGGAAACAUGAUGAAUGACGGCGUUGCCGAUGCAGUGAUGGCAGUUCUUCUUACAGUUGAGAGCAGUCCUGCGUCAGUAAAGCAAUCCGCAAAGCUCAAUCAUGAUCACCACCAUCAUGGCGAACUAGAACUACCCAAUCCCCACUCUCAUCAGGGACCGGAGGAGAGAUUUGAAAAUCUUCUCAUGAUGCUUGAAGCACAAUUUGGAUCUGACAUUGCUCCCAUUGAGCAACCACGCAUCCCCCCUCAAGCCCUUACAAACGGCACAACCAAAGAAGAAGCCGUCAAGAGUGAAUCUGAUGCGGCGGAUGAAACUUCUGCUAAGGUCAAGACAGAGGACAAGGAGGAUGAAGAAGACCAGAAGAGAGAGGAGAUCGAAGCCGCUGAGCUUGCUCGUCUCGAAGCACUUGGAAUCCCCUACCCCGGCAUCGAAAUCAAAGUCGAUAAACAUGUUGCGCGGGUGUGGCUGGAGGAUCUCGAGGUUGAAUGUGUCAACCCGGUGCUUAGGGACCGAGUCCGCAUGGUGAUCGAGCGGGCUGUGGAAACUGUGGCAAGCAUGUGGUUAGAAGGGCCUCCGUCAGUUCCCGUCGCAAAUGGGACAAAGAGCCACAAAGAGACACCCAUUCAAAAGAGUGCUGAGAUUGAGGCGGAAGCAUAA